AUGUAUGACGCAUGUCUACUUGAUGGCACGUUUCAGCAGAAGCAACAGGCUUGCGCAAGGGUCAUAGUCUUUCUUUACAUACUUCUAGAAGCCUACAUUAUACUAAAGUCCGCAUGCGCCGGUUCAUUCUUAGCAGUUACUUCUGCAGGCACACCAAUCGGACUGUCGGGAGAAAAUCAUCCAUCUGCUACUCCGCUCGCCCUUCCUCAGCCUCGUGGCAGUAGCGUUACUAUUCUUGGGUAUGUGCAAGCUGUCACUGGCAGAGAUUAUGCACCCCGGUCCGUCAGGCCGGCCACUACGGCAACUAGCCUGCCGGAGCUGAUCUUCCGCGGAUCAAUCAACGAUGCAGGAGGAUGUAUGGACGUGUUGGUUUGCGGAAAUGGCCUGUCAGUUCGACAUGGGUGCCUGCGGCAUCAAUACUACCUGGAGCAGGCACGCUUGUUUACCUACAAAGAUUCAGUUUCAGAUAGACAUCUAGUCAGCAGCACAAAACCCUAA